UUCUACAUUUGAUUUUCCUGAUCCAGCCUUUUUCUGUAGAAGAAGAGAAGUACAGAGAGAGAAUGGAGAAUGGUCGAUAUUUGAGUUGGAUGAACACUUCAAUGGGACUUCAUGGGUUAGAGAAUGUAAAGGAGGAUGAAGAGCUGGACAUAAAUGUAUCUUUAUCGUCGAUCCCUCCACCCCAGACACCCAAAGAGCCCAUGGAGUUCUUGUCAAGAUCAUGGAGCCUCUCUGCUUCAGAAAUCUCCAAAGCACUGGCUCACAAACAGGACUGUUUUCUUCCCGACAAGAAUCCAUAUACAGUCUCAAUCCCGGAGACCAUUAUGGAGCCGCAUUACAUGUGGGGAAUAGUUAAUUCAGUUAAUGCUUGGAGAAUACCGCUGGUUGGAAAAUGGUUCCAUAGCAUGGAGUCCAACAAUAACAAGAAGAAAGAGAAAGCCCGUAUAGAAAAUGCUUGUGUCCAUGCUGCCCUUUCUGUGGCAGGAGUUGCUGCAGCCUUAGCUGCUGUGGCUGCAACAGAAAACUCCAAUGGCAAAAGAUCAAACGUGAAUGCAGCUCUGGCAUCAGCUACAGAGCUUUUGGCAUCACACUGCAUCGAGAUUGCUGAAUUGACAGGAGCUGAUCAUGAUCGAGUGGCGUCCGUUAUCAGAUCAGCAGUGGAUGUUAGAACUCCGGGUGAUCUGAUGACCCUCACAGCUGCGGCUGCCACAGCCUUGCGCGGAGCUGCUGCCUUGAAAGCAAGGGUUUCCAAGGAAGUGAAGAACCAUGCAGCAAUAACUCCUCAUGACAGAGGUGCUAGUCCAACCUCUUCUUCUACUGCUUGUCAGAAUGUAAUGGAGAUCCAGAAUUCUCCCUGCAAAGGUGAACUCCUUCAACAAACAAGAAAAGGUGUGUUGCGCUGGAUGCAAGUCACCAUCUACCUCAACAAGAAUUCGCAGGUCAUGGUUAAACUCAAAAGCAAACAUGUUGGAGGAGCCUUUUGUAAGAGGGAUAAAUGUACUGUUUACAGUGUUUGUGAUGAGAUUUCAGCACGGCCUACAAUGAAAGAAAAGGAGGGUGUGGAAGGAGACUGCUUUGGAUUGAGAACUGCACAAGGUCUUCUAGAGUUCAGGUGCCAGAGCAAGGUCCACAAACAGAAAUGGGUUGAUGGCAUUAAAAGUCUGCUACGCCAAGCUGGCUGCAUUAAAGAAACAGAGAACUCCAUGGAAUUCUUAAAUAUUAACUGAAAAUUUUCUUAUGAGUUUCAUAAAAGAG